CAGAAAGAGCUCUCUCUCUCUACUAUCAUGGCCUUGGAAGCGGUGAAAGUGAUAAAGGUAUACAAGGUAGCUCCGGCACCAAGUACAUCGCCGGCGGCGAAUAUCUCCGGCGAUUACCUUCCUCUCACCUUCUUUGAUGCAAUAUGGCUUAGAUUCCCACCCACCCAACGCGUAUUUUUCUACGAAUUCAAGGAUUUAUCCUUGUUUGUUUUCUCAGACGACAUUCUCCCCAAGCUCAAACAUGCUCUGUCUCUCACCCUUCAAUACUAUCCCCAACUCGCCGGAAAUCUUACCUGGCACCCCCUCACCGGUAAGCCGGCUAUCCGUUUCUCUACCGACGAUGACGGGAUAUAUCUCACUGUAGCUGAGUCCACCGCCGACUUUCAUUCUCUCUCCACCGACGAUGUUAAGGAAGCCAAAGAUUUGCAUUCACUUUUGUCCGAUUUCCAUGUUACAGAGAAUCAGGCAACCAUAAUUUCUCUACAAGUGACUCUUUUCCCUGGUUCUGGAUUCUCCAUCGGCUACAACGCCCACCACGCCGCCCUCGACGGCAAGAGCGCCGCUAUGUUUAUCAAGUCAUGGGCUAAAAUUUGCCACGUUGGAUACCUACCGCAGGAAUUGACGCCGGUUCUAGAAAGAUCCUUCAUCAACGAUCCUUUAGAUAUCUGCACAAUUUUCACUGAUACAUGGAAAGAAUUUGUCACGGAAGGAACCGGUCUCAGUCUAAUGGAAAUGAAACCGGAUCCAGGAUUACUCCGAGGAACAUUCAGACUAACUCGACAACAGAUAGGUCAAAUAAAGAGCAAAAUAGGCGGCCAUGUUUCAAGUUUCACGGCGGUUUGUUCUUAUAUAUGGACUUGUCUGGUUAAAGCAGAGGGAGGGGAUAUUACAAAUGAGAAUGUUCAACUCGGAAUCAACAUGGAUUGUCGAGCACGAUUGGAGCCUCCGAUUCCGGCCAAUUACAUUGGAAACUGUGUGGCGUUUCGGGUAGCAAGGACAAAGGUUGUAUCUUUGGAAGGGGGAGAUGGGUUGGUGACGGCGGCGGCGGCCAUUAAAGAGGCGGUUGGAAGCUUGCCUCAAGGAGUUGUGAAAGGGGCAGAGAAGUGGUUUUCGGAAGCAGCUGUAACCUUUGCAGGUCAGAAAACUUAUGGCAUUGGUGGGUCGCCGAGGUUUGAAUUGUAUGAGGCGGAUUUUGGAUGGGGCCGGCCGGUGAAGGUGGAGAUGGUCUCCAUUGAUAAGGCUGGAGCUUUUUCACUCUGUGAUGAUAGAGAUGACGAAGGCGGGAUUGAGAUUGGGAUAGUUUUUAGUAAGCAUAAGAUUGAAGCUUUCAAAUCAAUCUUCCGUGAAGGGAUUGAAGAUAUUAGUAGUAUAUAAUAAUUAAUCUUCCUACUUAAAUACCUUAUAGUCAUAAUAUCUGCUCAUUGAUAUUCUGUGGAGCAGUGAACAAAUUCAAUCAAUACCUUACAUAAA